AAUGAAUGAAUCUCUGCUCUCCUCUGCUCUGCUCUUCCCUCUCUCUUUUCUUUUUUUCUAUCAUGAUUAUUGUUGGGUACUUUUCGGGCUAGGUCUGGGCUCACCGUCUCAUCUCCUAUCAUCUCAUCGCAUCUCAUUAAGAAGACUGACUAUUCUUGCUUUAUAUGCCUGUCUCGUUUUGGCUUUUGUUCUUCAUCCUCCGCCCGCUCAUGUGCUCGUGUCUUGGUCGAACCUGCGUCUUAAUCUCACGGCGCUGCAGUUUUUAGUGCAGGUACUCCCAAACUACGCCGUAUCGGUGUAUGGCCUUCCCCUCGCGUCAGAGCCAGGAACGAAGGUAUCUUAGCGCUGGGCCAAGGCGAGAAAUGUAUGUAUGCAAGUGCUCACUUGUACAUACAUAGGUACAUACAUACUAUGGUACAUUGUCUAGCACACCGCACAGGCCAGGCCUUCGUUCCAGGGGAUUGUGCAACGAACCUGGGACCUUUUUUGGUACCAGCUAACCUGUUUGUUUCCCUUCCCCUUCACCCCAAAGAGGCUGCCCGCCCUGAC